ACACUUACUGGUCUGUAGCAACCAAUGAAAUAACUUUCUGACCUUCUCUGGCAGCUGAUUGGUUGCUAUGCGCACACUUCUAGUUCUCUUAGCUGAGGCCCACUGUGUAGUGAAGUCACAUGACUGAGCUGAGCCAAUAAUGAUGAAUGUCCCUGUUCCUCUCAGAAUCCCUCCUAGUUUCCUUCCUUCCAGUCUGCAUUACUGAUUGUACUGUGUGCUGCCAUCUGCUGAAACUCCCUCCAUACCCUCAUCUCUUCACUAAAGCCCACAACCAGCGCCUCCACCCAUUCAUCCUGUAACUGAGAUUCCCGCCAGAAACGUCCUAAGUUGGUGAGUUGAAAUUGGACCUUAUCAGAACCCUAGCCAGUGUGGGAUAUCUCAAAGUCUCAAGUCUGUCAUAUUUCAUAGCAAGUCAAUUCAAGUGGGUGAAAAGCACCAUAAGUCCCAUCAAGGCCAUACGGUUCCUCCCUUCUACUCUGCUCUGAUUAUAUCUGGCUAAAUGCCCAUAAAGCCAUUCACCUUUCCUCUCCCGGAAACACGAUUUUUCCAUACCUCAGGAUAUGUGUACAAGUUUAAAAUCCGAUAUGGUGUCCAUUUUUGUUCAGAAAACACAGUAAACAAGGAGCAAGUCAUGAGUGAACUAUUGGACUCUGUUAGGGCUGUACUUGCUAACCAUGAUAAUUUACAACCUUUUUCUACAAAGCAUUUCAUAAUUUUUCCUUACAAGAGUAAAUGGGACAGUGCUUCUUGCCUAAGGUUCAAGCAUAGACAAAAAUUCCUUCAACCAUUUCCAUAUGUUUUUACAAUGUAUGUGGAGCCUCGUUCCUUUGUUAAUGCUACAUUUACCACUGCAGUUGAAAGUAGCAGUAAGCAAGAAAGUCAGGAUGAAACCCAGGACAAAGAAAGCUGCAGUAACCUGGAAAAUGAAAAAUGUCAAAUAACUAGCGAUUCAGAAGAGCUAUGCGGGGCUCUGUGCCCAACUCUGGAUCCUGGAACGCAGAAUCCUGGGGGCCUUUUGGAGGUCCUAAAGAGUUUAAUUCCUUUCAAGGUCCUGUUCAAGGGAGGAGAGACUCAAUAAUAACCAACAAUCAGGCCAAAGUGUGUACGCUUGAAGAACCAACCAUUCAUCCUGUUUCAGUGUUCAAUUAAUAUUUUGUUUCUGAUUAAAGAUGCAUAACCUAUGUAGAAAAAUCUUGAAAA